AUGCAGAACGGGCGAAUUGUUGGUAGAGAGAACGGACGGAGUGCUCUCACUGUGGCGCGACGGUCAUAUACUGUCGGCUUUGUUCAUCAACAAACCGAGUAUAUAAAAGAAGCAUCGAGAGCCGGGCACUUCCUUCAGCUCACCCCCGCCUCUCUUAAUCCGCCAAACACAAAAAAAAACAAGAAGACCGAAGAAACUGAGAGACAUUGUUCAAUGAAGCCACCCUCGAAGCCCAUCUUGUUGGCCGUCCUGCUCUCGACGCCCGCGAAGCAUGUGAGGAGUUUUACGUGCGGGAAUCGGGAGCAACCGGUUGGCGGCUGUGCCCAAGAGACCAAGGACUCUCAGUGUGGGUCGUCCUCGCGAAGACCAUGCCCGGCGACUUCACUUACGAUUGCAGCUUCGCUGCGACCCCGUCCCCGACGCUCCCGCCACCCUCAAAACGUUCAUGGCUUGCUUGUUGCAAACCACAAGCUCAUUGCCGACUCAGCCGGUAUUCUUUGGUACUGUGUCGAAGAUGGCCGGCCGACCCGCCUUCGAUUCGCGCGGCACUUCCUUCUAUCCCCUCAACUGCACCCAGCCCAUCAUUCCUGCCCACUCACAACAACAUGCACACAAAGCGCGUGAUUUUCUGGCCAGAUCAAC